AUCCAAGCAUGACUAAAUUCGAGUUGUCUUGCACUCCUCGAUCUCGAUGUUCUUGUUCCGCCUUCAAAGGGUUCUUGUGAUAUUUGACCUCCUUCUGGCAAUGAGAUUUAUUGUUCUAGUCAAAUUAAUGCAAACUUGCUAUCGGCACCAUGCAGUAUUACUCGGAAGUUUUCACUUUUCAAAAAGGUUUCAACUGGAGACUACGUUGACAGCUGACUAGGUUCAGCACCAACAACCAAUUCGGAAUGGAAUACAAGUGUAUCUUGGAAGAUUCCAGGGCCCAUGUCAAUCCCGACGAGAGGUUCGAAAGUUCGAAUGAAAUUAAAGGAUCCAUCCGUGAUGUUCCACAAUAAAGAGGUCGGGGUGGGGGACUGUGUCCUCCUCCCGGAGAUCUCCAUGGACUCGUUUCUGAGCAAUCUGAAGCAGAGACAUGAGGCCAGUCUCAUCUACACCUUCAUUGGGGAAGUGUGUAUCAAUGUGAACCCCUACCGAGAGCUGGACAUCUACAACAAGCAAUAUGUGAACCAAUACAAAGGCCGCGAGAUCUACGAACGGCCUCCACAUAUCUUUGCCAUCGCCGAGGCCGCUUACAAGACCAUGAAAAGGUCCGGCCACGACACGUGCAUUGUGAUUUCAGGCGAGAGUGGUAGCGGCAAAACCGAGGCAUCCAAAAUCAUCAUGAGAUACAUUGCUGCGGUGACGAAUGUGUCUGGGCAACAAGAAAUUGAAAGGGCCAAGAAUGUUCUACUCCAAUCCAACGACAUUUUGGAAGCCUUUGGCAAUGCCAAAACCAAUCGGAAUGACAACUCCUCGCGUUUCGGAAAAUACAUGGACAUCAACUUUGAUUUUAAGGGUGAUCCCAUGGGAGGCCAUAUUAAUAACUACUUGUUGGAAAAGUCCCGGGUGAUCUACCAACAAUCAGGAGAUAACAAUUUCCAUUCGUUCUACCAACUCCUGAAAGGCGGAUCUGAGGCUCAGCUCAAGAAACUGCAUCUGACCCGACGUCUAGAGGACUACAAAUAUCUCUGCCAAAAUAAUAACAAAUGCCAGAUGCCUCAAAAGGCCAACGACUUUCAAAAAGUUAUGAGUGGCUUCAAGGUGCUUGGUUUCUCUGUAUGCCAUUCUUCACCUUGGAAACUUGGAGUUUUACCAAGGCAGCUCGUGGCUGCCAUUCUUCACCUUGGAAACUUGGAGUUUUACCAAGAUGAGAAGGACACCACCCGUAUCCAGAACAUGGACCAUGUGGCCAACAUUGCCAAGCUCUUGAAUGUGGCCCAAACAGACGUGGUCGAAGCUUUAACCACCAGGGUUAUCGCAGCUGCUGGUCAGGUGAUGCGCAAACCCCAUUCUGUGGGCGAGGCGAAUGUUUGUCGCGAUUCGUUUGCCAAGGCCCUCUAUGACCGGCUUUUUACGUGGAUCGUGGGACACGUGAACGCGGCCAUCGAUCCCACUCUCCUGGAGAGUAGCCAGCACCACAACAGCACCGUCAUUGGCGUCUUGGACAUCUAUGGUUUCGAAGUGUUUGAAAACAAUAGCUUUGAGCAGUUCUGCAUCAACUAUUGUAAUGAAAAACUUCAACAGCUCUUCAUCGAGUUGGUCCUCAAGCAACAACAAGAGGAAUACGAAAGGGAAGGCAUCAAAUGGGUUCAUGUGGAGUACUUUAACAAUCAAGUGAUUUGUGAACUCAUGGACCAACCGCAUCACGGAAUCAUGGCCCUCAUGGACGAGGCUUGUCUGAAUGUGGGGAAAACCACGGAUCAAAUCCUCUUGGAUGCCAUGGAUGACAAGUUGAAGAACAAUAAGCACUAUUCAUCGCGGAAAGUGGACUCAGCCAAGAAUAAGAACUUGGAGUUUGGUCAAGACUUCCUCAUCAGACACUACGCAGGCGACGUGGUCUACAACAUCAAUGGGUUCAUUGAGAAGAACAAGGACACGUUGUUCCAAGAUUUCAAGCGCCUACUUUACAAUUCGGACAAUGAGAUUUUCAAGUCGAUGUGGCCUGAAGGAGCACACUCGAUCACACAAACUACGAAGCGGCCACAGACUGCGGCCACCUUGUUCAAGACUUCCAUGUCGUCCUUAAUGAAGACCCUUGCCUCCAAAGAGCCCUUCUAUGUCCGAUGCAUCAAACCCAAUGAGCUCAAAUCACCCCAUGCCUUUAAUGAAGAGCGAGUCAUUCAUCAGAUCAGAUAUCUUGGUCUUCUGGAGAACGUGCGAGUACGUCGCGCCGGGUUUGCCUUCAGACAGGAAUACACGAAAUUCAACCUGCGGUAUAAGGUAAUCUGUCCAGACACGUGGCCCAAUUACCGGAAAGGAGGGCCUCGUGACGCAGUCCAGGCCAUUCUUCGGCAUCAGAACAUCGAGAGUGAUUGCACCUUUGGCAAUACCAAGAUCUUCAUCCAAAGCCCUGAGACCAUCUUCAAAUUGGAACAAGUCAGAGAGAGUAAGAUCCCAAGUGUGGUGGUGAUCCUUCAGAAACACCUCCGAGGCGUACUAGGACGGCGUUAUGCCAAACGACUGAAGGCCGCUUACAAGAUUGCCAUGUACUACAAGAAAUAUAAGCUCAGGACCUUUGUGAAACUUCUGUCGGGAACAUUCAAAGAUGUGAAAAAGGCGUCGGAUUUGGGUAGAGGUCUUCCUUGGCCGGCGGCUCCGAAAUCAUUGGCCCAAACCUCGCACCUUCUCCAAAAGGCGUUCCUUCGCUGGAGGGCAUUCACAAUCCUGAGCAAAUACCCCAGGGAGGAUUGGCCAGAGAUGCAUCUGAAGAUCACAGCUUUGGAACUGCUUCGCGGGAAGCGAGCGGCGUGGGGCAUCAACCGGAAAUGGCGAGGCGAUUACUUGAACGAUCCCACAGAGAAUUUGGAUGUCCACGCCUACCGUGCCAGCCUUACCAAAGAAGGCGUGUCCACCAAGAUCGUGUUGUUCUCCGCCCGCACAGUCAAAUACAAUUGUCGGGACAAAAUCAACGAGCGCGCGAUUGUCUUCACGAAAGACAACAAGAUCCUCAAGAUGGACCCGAACAAGAAGUUCAAGAACAUGCAGACCUUCCAAUUCUCGGACAUCAUGAGCAUCAGUUUGAGUCCGGACCAGGGCAACGAGUUGAUCCUGAUCCACUUGAAGUCGAGCAACGACCUCGUGCUCUCUCUCCAGUCGAAACGUGGCGAGGAUCUGACCGGUGAGUUGGUGGGAGUGUUGGCGGAUCACUACUUGAAGAUGCUGGGCCGGCCUUUGAAUGUCCGGGUGAGCAAUCAAAUGGAGGCCAAAUCUGGCAAGAAGAACAAAGUGGUCACUGUUCAGGCUGCGGCGGAUUCCACGGGCUUCACCAAGGCGGCUAACGGAAGCAUUAUUUACAAUGCGGCUAUGAAUGGACACUGAUGCUUGGCUGGCAAUGUAUCUUAUUCAUGAUUGACACCAUUAUAUUAUACCCACACCAAAUGUGCUAUUCUUGCUUUUGAAGUUUUUCCCAAUGGAAGGAACAGAGCGCCAAAAUCCUGCUACUUAUGUGCUAUCAUCAUUAAAAAUCAUCCUUUUUCGAUACCCGUGCCAUUAUGCUCUAAUUUUGUGAUUAAAAUCUACAUUUCCUUGAAUAAACAAACUAUUGUUAAACGAUAACGAAA